CAGCCAUACACCCUGAGCAUGUCAUAAAACUUUCUCCGCAGUGUACGCUCCAGUUACUCCCUGAACAUUGCAGAACCCUUCAGAAUCUUGCUUACCCAUCUGGACGCGCGUCGCUGGGCCACGUCUAUCACACACACGCGUACAUAUCUACUCAGCUUGUGUCCGUAGAUCAUUCGUCGUCUUGACCUGUAGUCUUGGCCCACUAUCCUACUUGUGACCACCGCCUCUCAGUGAACUGAUACUAAGUCUCUCACUCCAUCUUCGACACAAUGUCAAACCUGAAUAGCAGCACCGAUGUCUGGGUCACAUCCAUUGAGCACCUCAAAGAUAGACCCAAAGCAAACGAGGCUCUCAAGAUCCUCCAGAGGACCGCGUCCUUAGUCAAACCUAUCAUGCGAAAACAUUCAUGGAGGCUGCCUACGCUUGGCGAAUUUUUUCCCAACAACCCGAGUCUCCUUGGCCUGAAUAUCAAUGGUGGUCGAAAGAUUCUCAUCCGAUUACGACCCGCUCAUGCUCCCGAUUCUUUCUAUCCGGAAGAGGACAUCAUAGGCACUAUGCUUCAUGAGUUGACACAUAAUGUCCACGGGCCACAUGAUGAGAAAUUCUACAAAUAUCUAUCUGGUCUGGAAGAGGAGUUCUACGAACUCAAGCGGAGCGGAUAUUCUGGUGAAGGCUUCUUCUCCAAAGGUCAUAGGCUUGGCCUCGGUGUCUCGCAUGACCUGCCACCACAUCUCGCCCGCCAGAAGGCGCUGCAAGCGGCAGAGAAGAGAAGAGGUUUUGCCCAGGUAUUGGGCGGUGGAGGAAAACUCGGCGGAGGCGGCCUUGCCCGUGCGGGCAUGAGUCCCAGAGAGGUGGCUGCCUUGGCGGCUGAGAGAAGAGCGAAAGACGCAAAGUCCUGUGGUUCGGGGCCACAGGCCGAGCGAGAGGCGGAACAAGCGGCGAAAGAUAGCGUGAAGCACGAUGUCAUCGACCUAAGAUUCGACAGCGAUUCAGACUCGGACGUCGAGUUCGUCGAAAACGAUGACGAUGUAAUCAUUGUUGGCGACGAUAAUGCUGUUGCUGGUCCUUCGAAGGUUGUGAUACCCCAGUCAAAGCAACAUGCCGCCGCUACCUCUUUCACACCGCCAUCUUCGUCUUCGGGGAAACGGCGAGAUCCUGCAUCGAGAGAAAAACCCGCCACUUCAACUUCCUCGUCAUCGGCUCGUUCUACUCCGUAUUCUCCUUCAUCACCCCGCACCGCUCCUACUGCCGCUACAACCGCAUCGACAUCGGACACACCUACCUCAAUAGGCGGAGCAACAACGUGGCCGUGUUCCGUCUGUACGCUCAUUAAUCCCGUACACGCUCUGCAAUGUGACGCUUGUGCAUCGCCACGCCCAAUUCAGCGGGUUUCAACACAGUCUGGAUGGAGUUGUAGGGUUUGUGGCGAGCAGGGUAUAAAUCCCGACUUCUGGACGUGCACCUUCUGUGGCACUGUGAAGGAUUCGAGCGCAUAA